AUGGAGCUCAGGUCAAUGUCGAAACGACCACCACCUUAUACACAUGUCGAUAGACAUAAGUUUAUGAAUUCGCAAAAUAUCUCCACGACGAAAAAACAGAAUGGUUUAAGAAAGGUCAAAUUCGAAGAACAAGAUGAUUCACCACCAGUAAUAGUUAAGGAUGAAUGUACUAAGUUUUCAAAAUGUAAAUUAUUUAUCUAUUCCAUUUGUGCGCUCCUGAUAUUCUUCAUAUGUAUUAUUUGGAUUUUUCUGGUGUUCCCUUAUCCUAUGCAUGCUUCUUGCAUUAUAAAAUGGAAGUUUGAAGAUCCUUGCAUAUAUGUCAUGCAGAAAUUUCGAUCUCAAAUACUUAAUUGGUCAUCCUGCAUGAAUUGUGGACCACGUGGUAGUAAAUGUCUGUAUACGCUUAAAGAACCAAAUCCAAAUGAAAGUAAUAUAAUUAGAGCUACACAUCUUGCUUCAAAUUUAAGAACUACGGAAACGAUGAAAAUUGAUUUCGAACAAAUUAACAAAACUUGUAUAGCAACGGGAGAAUCCACAUCAAAUGAAUGGUUUAGAGUAUUUGAUUAUGGUACAAAUUACUGUAAUUUGCAUAAUUUAAUAACCGGGAUUGGUUUUGAUAAAAGUUUGAAAUUUUUGGAACUAACAAGCAAUACAGUUUGCACACAAUAUAAUAUGGCGGUUUGUAAUUAAAAAAAUUAUUUUGAUUUUUCUUUAUUAUUUAUAAAACAUUUUAAUUUAAUUAUAUUUGUUAACAAUUUUAA